AUGGAUCCUUCCACCAUCACCUCCGCUUCGGAUUUGAUUGUUGGUGAGGAGCUUAGGGACUUGAAAAUGGUUCUUCUAGGGAAGGUGCCGGACUUGAUGGCUCCGGAUGAUUUUCAUUGGAAGUUAUCUUCCGACGGAAUUUUCUCGGUUUCUAGUGUGUCGCAUUUGGUCUCAAAUGCAAAGGAGCUAGCUUGGCCAAUCACAACCACUAAGUUGUUGGAAGUCAUUUGGAAGAUCAACAUUCCGGAAAAGAUCAAGAUUUUUGCUUGGAGAUUUUUCAUCAAUAGGUUACCUCUAAAAGACUUACUCGUCAAUAGAGGUGUGUCUAUUCGUUCUUCCGUUGAUUGCGUUUUUUGUUCAAACCAUCCGGAAACGUUGGAACAUAUUUUUUUCCAUUGCCAAGCUACAAAGGCGGUUUGGGUUAAAAUUUACAUGUGGUUGGGGAAUGAUUUGAAGCUUUCUUUAGAGGAGUUCAAGAGUUUUGGGAGUAUCCAACAAAAGGUGAAAAACACCAACAUUAAAGUCGUCCUAAAUUCUACUUGGAUAGCAUUAAUUUGGUGCAUUUGGAUUAUGAGGAAUAAUGUGGUGUUUGAAGAUGGAACUUUUAGCUUUGAAGAGGUGAUAUCAAACAUUAUGUUUUUCUCUUGGAGAUGGGCUAGCAACAAGGAGCUCCCUAGUAGGAUAAAUUUCUAUGAUUGGUACAAGUUUCCUUUACUUUGUAUCAAAACAAUUUAG